AUGUUAAACUCCACACAGGUUUCAUAUUUCACACUUGCUGCCUACUUCGACACUGGGGUUUUUAAAUAUUUAUAUUUCAUGAUUGUCAUGUCUUUAUAUAUGUUAAUCAUUUGUGCCAAUGUUUUGCUCAUUGUGGUUAUCUGUAUGAACAGAAGCUUACAUGAACCUAUGUACCUUUUUCUGUGCAGCCUGUUUGUAAAUGAACUGUAUGGUAGUACAGGGUUGUUUCCAUUCCUUCUGGUUCAGAUCCUCUCUGACAUUCACACUGUUUCUGCUCCCCUUUGUUUCCUGCAGAUUUUCUGUUUGUACUCUUAUGCAAGUGUGGAAUUUUUCAACUUAGCCAUCAUGUCUUAUGACAGAUAUCUUGCUAUCUGUUGUCCUCUACAUUAUAACACACGGAUGACGUCUCAUAAGAUAACACUACUUAUUGCUGUAACGUGGUUAUAUGCUUAUGUUAUAUGUUUUGUUCCAAUAACUUUGAGUGUCCCUUUACAGCUGUGUAGUAACAUCAUUAACAAAGUUUACUGUGAUAACUACUCUAUUGUCAAACUGGCAUGUUACAACACAACAGUCAUUAAUAUUUAUGGACUCACUGCCACAGCUCUUAUAGUUUCAUGUCCCGUAACUCUAAUCUUUUACACGUACAUAAAAAUUCUUCAAGUUUGUUUUUCUGGUUCUAAACAGACAAGACAGAAAGCCGUCAGUACCUGCACACCUCACCUUGCUUCCCUGCUCAACUUCACCGUUGGGGCUGGCUUUGAAUUAGUGCAGCACAGGUUUGAUAUGAGCAGAGUACCAAAUAUGCUUCGAAUAUUUUUAUCAUUAUACUGGCUCACAUGUCAGCCACUCUUCAACUCUGUAAUGUAUGGCCUGAAAAUGUCUAAUAUCCGUAUCAUAUGUAAAAAUAUGUUUUUUGCUUAA